GUCUUAAAAUAUCAGAGCUCUAUGGUGUGAAAUGAAAUGAUGGCAGGAGGAGAAGCAAGAGCAGUGUGGCAAAGAACAGUUAACCGUUACUUAGUCCAAGAAGACGCUAAAAGAGCUCCCAAGUUCACCUCUUCCCACUCUUCUUCUUCUUCAUCAUCAACAACCAAACAGGUUCAAGAAGAUUCUGUCUCUUCUCCUCCUGUUGUUCAUUCACAUAACCAAUCAGCUUUCAUGCCUCUGGAUUACCCUCAGUUGUUGGAUCAUCAUCCCCAUCACCUUCACGUGAAGACGCCAUUGGAAGCUGAGGUUAAUAUCUCUGAGAAGAAACCUGAGCUGGGAGCAAAGGAGACUAGAGAGAGUUAUGGUUCUUUUGGCAAAGAUGAAUCCUCUGAGAUACCUUUCGAUCCGAGCUCUCCAUGGAAUCCUCUCUCGAGCGAGAAAGCUGGACCCUGGUGGAGAACUACGGAUAAAGAUGAGUUAGCUUCCUUGGUUGCACAAAGGUCUCUAGACUUCUUCGUUGAGAAUUGCGACUUACCAUCACCACAGAAGAUGAAACGCUCCUAUUGUUAUGGUAGCCCACGUUCUUGUUUGGACUCUGUCUCUAACCAAACCAUCCACGAGCAUGGGCCGAGCAGCUUCAAGAAGAGAAACGAAUCCUACUGCGAGUCUGACUUGAGCAAGUCAGAGCUGCUAGAAGCGCUGAGGCGUUCUCAGACGCGAGCUAGGGAAGCUGAAAACAUGGCUAAAGAAGCGUGUGCAGAGAAAGAGCACUUGGUGAAGCUGUUGUUCAAGCAAGCCUCAGAGCUUUUCGGGUAUAAGCAGUUGAUGCAACUGCUUCAGCUUGAAGUACUUUACCUCCAAAUCAAGAACAAGAAGGAGCCACCACCAGUGGAUUACAUCCCUUGGAGUAGCUCCAAAGGAAGAAAAGAGGGGAGGAAGAGAAGAAACAAGAUGAGUAAACCGAGUGGUCUGUUUGGUUUAGCAUGGGGGAUGAGUCUAGUUGGUGCUGGUUUGCUCCUGGGAUGGACUGUUGGAUGGAUGCAGAUUCUAUCUUUUUAAGAAGAAGAAGAGAAACCUACAAUUUUCAAUCUUUUUUUCUUUUUCUGAGUGAGCAUCUUUGAUGAUCUUGAAAUGAGUUUUAAGAUUGCUUGGAAUGCUGCAGCUUUUGGACUUGGUAAAAAAAAAUAUAAAUGUAAAUUUGUUGGAAGAGUUUUGUUAAUAUUGUGUGUUUCUAGUUUGAA